AAAUGUCCUCGCUGUUCAAUUGAGAUAUCCGGGGAUCUUCGUCCGACGUGUGCUCUGCUUUACAUACCUACCUGGUAUCAGCGUCUGUCACACGUCCUUGCCACUCGUUGCCCUUUUAAAGAGCUCCGGGAGGCCGUCAUGCCAUUCGGAGUAACUCACAAGCCUUUGGUGGCUUUGGCCAAUUCAGCUAUAUGCUCAUUCUUCCGGUCCAUCGAGGUAUUCGGAGCUGAAAAUGUCCCUGAACAAGGACCCAUCAUCUUUGCUUGCUCUCAUACGAAUAUGGCUGUCGACCCCGCCGUGUUGAGCACGACCGUGCCUCACGGUCAUCUCUUGCACUACUGGGUAAAAGAUUCACUCUUCAAACCGGCUAUAGCGGGCGUCAUCAUGCGCAAUGCGGGAAACAUCGCUGUGGACCGGAAAAACAAGAACAAUCAGAAGCUCUACCAGGGUACCUUUGAGGCCAUGGCGCUUGGCGAAUGCGUUGGAGUCUUCCCUGAAGGCACAUCUCAUACUGAACCGCAUUUGAUUGCGCUCAAGGAUGGUACCGCCUGGGCCGCUCUCGAAUACCUUCAGUAUCUCCACGGGUCAAAGGAGAACGGAGGUCCAAAGAAAGGCAGGAAAUGUAUCAUUGUACCUGUGGCUAUCGGAUACGUCGACAAGUCAAAGUACCGCAGUAGAGUCGCGGUCCACUACGGUCAAGCCAUACCCAUGGACGAGUACGAGCAGGACUUCUUGAACGGCGAUGAGAAGGAGCGCAAACUCGCAGUCAAACGAUUGACGAGAAAGGUAGAUACAGAAAUGAAAAUGAUGUCUGUGAACGCCGCGGAUUGGGACACCAGCUUCGCAGCACAGAUGGCUCGUGAACUAUUAUGGGAGCGCGAGGACUCCCUCAAGCUUCAAGACUAUGUCGAUGUCGCUCAGACGCUCGUCGACCUCUUUACCACUACUUCUAAUGAGCGCAUCUCCAACCUCCGCAGCCUCUUAGUCAAUUACCACCGACUCUUGGCCUCUUCUCGACUGACCAAUGCCGCUUUGACCGAUCUUCCUCUCCCUCAGACUCUCGAUCCGACACGCAAAGUCGCUCUGCCAUCUCGUUUCUCCACCCUCUGGCUACUCGUCAAAGAUACGAUCAUUUCCUUGUUUCAUCUUCCAUUCUUCCUCAUUCCUCUCAUCGUAAACUUUCCCACUUAUGUCGUCGGAACACUUGGCGCUCGCAUGGUAGAGGACGAGCUGGAGACCCAGGCCAUGAUGAAGAUGGUCUUCGGCAUCUUAUUCAGUACGAUCAGUGUGCCCAUUCUGUUCUUCAUCGUCUGGUCCAUCUUCAGACAGGUGCCGCUUGGUGCAGGCAUCGCCGCUGUCAUUGUCUGGGCCCUUCAACGCUAUCAUUACCGCCUCAUUGACGAGAACUACGAAGCAUACAAACGUCUAGUGGCUGCUUGGCGUAUUCUGAUCGGUGUCUGGGUUCCAAGGAAUUGGGAAAUGCCACUUCCGUCGUUCCUCGAAUCAUGGACCAAAUUCGCGCCUGAUCCGCCCAAGAUCGCCGGUUUGCCCCCUGCAACCCAACCCGAGAAGUACAAACGUCCUGUACGUCUUCCCUCACGAGUGUUAGUGCGGCAUGUGCUCCGGUACCGACUCGAAGCCGCGAAAGAGCUCGCAUCGACAUUGUUCGAGCUGGAAUCUCAAGACGCGCAAGUCAAUGCUUCCUUUUGGCUCGCAGAGCGGUUCGGAGGAGACGUGCUCAAGCUUUCGAAAGAGGACGAGGACCUUAACGAGUGGGAAAGGCCAUUACCUCGAGGUCAACGCGGUGGCUCUGAAGUCGUUUCCUUUCUUCGUGAACGAGGUGCCAGGCUCGGGGCUGUGAAGAAUGCUGGGCAUUGGGCCGCGGCGAGCAGCGGCGAUGAAGGUGCCAGCUUGAGAGGAGAUGGUGUGACCUCUGACUAGGCGCUAUUCUGCAAGCAUCCGACUCUGCGAUCUUGCUGUCGUUCACAUGUAUUAAUCUCACAUUCCCAAGUUGUCAGCCGAAGUCCGAUUCGGACGGACCAACGGCCGUAUGGUCCGGUUCACGCAGGUGAUCAGUGUCAGAGCAGAAUUCAAACUAUGAAGGCAGGGCCUGCGUUCGGGAGGGCAUUCCUGAGCCGCUGCAGCCAAGAAUAGCACCUGACGACGGGGAACGGCAACUUACUCACAGCACCGAUUUUGCCUUGUGCCCUGCUGCUGCUGCUGCUGCUGAAUGCAUGGCUCACCUCACAACUGCUGGCUGGGAAAAAUUCACCCAAAUUUUCAGUUUUUGGCGUCGCUU